UUCCUGAAACUUUUGAAAUGGUACUGACAAUAAUUGGUCCAGCAUUACGAGCAAUUAAUAAUACACUCUCUGGCAGAAAGCCAAUACCAGAAAGAAAACAAUUAUUUAUUGCUAUUUGGUUUAUGGCUACUCCUGAUUCUUACAGAUCUGUAGCGACAAAAUUUGGAGUAGGCAAAGCAACUGCUUUUCGAGCAUUGAGGCGUGUAACAUAUGCUCUCCAUUGUGUUGCACCUCAAUUUAUUAAAUGGCCGAGAGAUGAGAUUGCCGUUAGUGUAAUGGAACGAUUUAAACGAUCAUGCGGCUUCCCAAAUGUUAUCGGAGCGAUUGAUGGGACUCAUAUUAAAAUCCGAGCUCCUCCUAAAGAUGCUCAAUCGUAUAUUAAUCGAAAAGGUUUCCAUUCCAUUAACGUGCAAGUAAUAUGUGAUUCUCUUGGUCGUUUUACACAUGUAUAUGCUGGACAAGUUGGAUCAGUCCACGACUCUCGAGUUUUUCGAAACUCGCCAGUAGCCCGGUUUGUUCGAUUGCCCGAAGAAUAUUUCCCCAAUGAUUCACAUAUCAUCGGAGAUGCUGCAUACCCCAUUCAACCUCACAUAAUGGUGCCUUUUCGAAAUAAUGGAUAUUUGACAGAUCGGCAAAAAAACUUUAAUUAUUGUUUGUCGUCCACGAGAAUGGCAAUUGAGCGUGCUAUAGGGUCCCUAAAAAUGCGUUUUAGGAUACUUUUAGACUGUUUGCCAUUAACAGACAUAAAAAAAGUUCCAGAAUUUAUCCUAGCAUGCUGUGUGUUACACAAUAUUUGCAUUUUACAAAAUAAUGAAAUGCCCAUGGGUAUACAAUUAAAUCUUGAUGAAGACAACCUUAUUAAUACACACCACGAUGCAGAAUUAGGAAAACAGAAACGAUUAACAAUUAUGAAUGCGCUACGAAUGAGAUUAUAA